AUGUCCGAGGCCACCACCGAGUCAACUACGAGCCGUAUCUCCAAGAUAGAGGCGUCGAAUGUGUUCUCCUCCAUGGAUCUCUCCGCCGUCUGCGAUGCUUCAACUGUUUUAGCACAUGUUGCUGGGACGAAGAUGGCCGAGAAGCGAAGACUCUGGCAGGACAGGAACCUCCGUGCCCCGGCUAUGCCGAGAUAUCCGAAGCCAGAACAUCAGCAGGGAAAUGCAACGCACGGGGUCAAGCACCUGGUGAAGGACUUUGCGAAGAUUAUUCACAAACGGGCUGGAAAAGUGGUGUUUGUAAACCUCACAGAACCGGCUAGGGACUGGGACGCCGGCACUCUGCUCUGGCUCGAUUUCAAGGGUUCUGAUAGACUUAACUGGAGACGGAAUGCGGUCAGGAAGGACACGACGAUGAGGUUCGAUGAGGAGAGGAAUAGCGACGAGGAGUCAGAUGGGGAGCAGAGCAACAUUGAUGAGGACUGCGAUGUGCAGCAGAAGCACGAGGAUAUGGCGUGA